AUGAUAUGUCCAUUAUUUAUGUUAAUAACGACAACGAUAUCAGGUUGUGAAUUUGAAAGUUUUGCAUUAGGAUUCACACUUUCAUUAAGUUUUACAUUAUUCAUCAGUGGUAUUACAGUAACGAUUCUUUAUCAAUCAAAAUCAUGGAAAGUUAUAUCUUGUUUAUUAUCUAUUAUUGGAUUUAUAGGAGUUAUUCUUAUUCUUUGGUUUUAUUUAAUAGAUGGUUAUAAUAUGAAAAUAGAUGUUAUGAUAUCAUCAGCAAGAUUUCCGCAUAAUAUAACAAAUGAUCCAUCAAUAGAUGGAAAUUAUUCUUAUUCAUUUCUGACAUAUGGAAGUGGUUUUGAUGAACGAGUUGAUUAUGGAAUAAAAGCAUCAAUCAAAACACCAACAAUUGAUUUGUCUUCAAUCAUUAAACUAUCAUCAUUUAAUAAAAAUGUAUUUAAAUAUAAUGAAUCUACUCUUCCUCUUAACGGUAGAAUAUGGUAUCCAACAAAUAAUACUGGUCCAUAUCCUGUAGUUCUUAUGGUACAUGGAAAUCAUAUAUCUACAGAAUCAAGUGAAAUUGGUUAUGAAUAUUUGGGUAAAAUGUUAGCAAGUCAAGGUUUUAUUGCUGUAUCAAUUGAUGAAAACUUUUUAAAUGGUGCACCAUUCUUUUUUUCAACAGGAUAUGGAAAAAUAUCAAAAAUAAAAAAAUAUAAUUUUGGUUCGAAUAAUGCACCAGAAUUUAUUGCACGUUCAAUUAUAAUAUUAGAAACGCUUCAACAAUUUCGAUUAUGGAAUGAACAGAAAACAAAUGAAUUUUAUAAUAAACUUGAUCUAACAAAUAUUGGUUUGAUGGGUCAUUCGCGUGGUGGUGAAGCAAUUGUUAUUGCAUAUUUAUUUAAUAAAUUAAAUUUUUUACCUGAUUAUCCUUCAAAUGUUUUGUUUAAUAAUUAUAGCUUUGGAAUAAAAGCAUUAUUUUCAAUUGGUGGUACAGAUGAUAAUUAUAUGCCAUUAGGACGUCCUCUUCAAUUAUAUGAUGUAACUAUGUUUGCUAUUCAUGGAAUAUAUGAUGCGGAUGUAUCAUCAUUUUUAUUUCAAUCAAAAUUAACAAAUUUAAAAUUUACAUCUAAGUCGAUGAAUUAUAAUUUUAAAGCUUCAUUAUAUGUACAUCAAGCUAAUCAUGGACAAUUUAAUACAGAUUGGGGAAGAUAUGAUCUAAUAUCUGGUGCAAAGCAAUAUAUGAAUGUUCGUCCAAUAAUGACAAUGGAAGAACAACAACAUAUAUCUAAAAUAUAUAUGUCUGCUUUGAUGAAUAUUGUUUUAAAAAAUCAAACACAUUAUCGUCUUUUAUUUGAAGACUAUCGUUCAGGAUUAUCAUAUUUACCUUAUACGAAUUAUAUAUCAACAUUUCAAGAUUCGAAUGAAAUAAUUAUUGCUGAUUUUGAGAAUUAUGAUGUUACUGUAGGAACAAUUAUUGAUUCUAAAAUUAAUAUUACAAAUUUAUUAUUAUGGAGUUCGGUUUAUGUGAAAGUUUAUCGUUCAACUAUGUUACUCUUACAACCAAUUGAAAAUACAAUUAGUAAAUAUACAAUUCAUUUACAAAAUGCACUAAACGGAUCUAAUGUAAGAUUUAUGAUUGGUCGUACACCUGAUGGAUUAGUUGAUAAUUUAUCGGUUAUACUAAUGUAUGAAAAUGAAAAAUAUGAUUCAUUUAUCGUACAUGUACUUCCUGCUCUUACUAAACAACUGUUUAAAAUAAGUUUCGAAGAAUAUGUAACGGCUCUGCAAACAAUCUCAUUACCAUUGUUACAUCCUAUUAUUGGUUUAGAAUUUGUAAUCAAUGGGACAAAUGCACAGUUUCUAAUCGAUAAUAUAGUUGUUGUUGUAAACUAA